GCAGAUUUCGCUGCUGAAAUGGGUUUCAAACGGGAGUCACUUUACACCAAUAAAUCUUCCAUUAUUCAGCAGCAGUGGCUUCACAGGAACUGCCAACCCAAUUUCAGAAUAAAUGUGACGCCCGAUCCGAGCAAAAGUUGUGGACCAUAUAAGCCUGCAAGGGGUAUAAGUGGACGUUUUCCCGGCACGCCAGAAAUCAAUGAUAACAAUCACGACACGAUUGGUAUUGUUGUAGUCGAUUUCGAGGGCAAUAUUGCUGCUGGUACGUCAACCAACGGCGUCAAUCACAAAAUUCCAGGGCGAAUGGGCGAUUCAGCAGUACCUGGUGGAGGAGCAUAUGUUGAUAACGAGAUCGGUGGCGCGGCAAGCACCGGUGACGGUGAUAUUAUGAUGAGAUUUCUUUCGAGCUUCCAGACGGUGCGAAAUAUGGCUGAAGGACAAAGCCCAAGGAAGGCAGCCGAAAGAACAAUCCACGCAAUUGCCAGUAAGUAUCCGAAUUUUUCGGGUGCUAUUAUCGCAGCGAACAAAGCGGGUGAAUUUGGUGCAGCAUGUUACGGCAUGGAGACAUUCAAAUUCUGCAUUCAGAAUCGAUUUUUUAAAGAAGUAAAAGUGAUGUCAGUGAAAUGCUUAUAA